AAAAACGACAGCAUUUUUAAAGAGUCAAGAUUGGGAGAAUCUUCACCAGUUACGGCAAAUGAUAUUAAAGCAGUUUCAAAUUCAUCAUUGCCGGCUAGGACUAUGACGGAAAUAAUUAUUGAUGAUCGGCGAAAUGGGCUUGAGCCAACCUCUGUGCUUCUAGAUUAUUGCAGACGUAGGUUUAUACAACCUUACACAUUGAUCCUUUCUGUUGUGGCGUUGAGUCCCAUUUCUACGGACACCACUUAUUUACGUACCAUCAUAAGUUACAUGCAUUCAUGUCUCGUCAUCAUUACUUUAAUAUUUGGAUAUUAUCUACAAUAUUUAUCAACUUAUCGGUUUGCGGAUAGCUCGGCAAGCAACCGUAAAGAAACUUAUACAAUCCAAAAGAGCACCCUUUCGACACGUGAACCCCUCUACAUUCCGCUGUCCUUUAUUUAUAGCAACCUUGCCGGAUUUAUAAUUCCAAGCACACUUCAUCUAUUUGGCUAUGUUUCAGCUAUUAUUGUUUGGAAGCUUUUUGAACAAGAACAGCAAAAAAAUCUCAUUGAACGCGUCUUUUUAAUGACCAAGCAUCCUAAGCGUCUUUGUCGAAGCGUAUGGCUUCUGUUAACCUUUGAAUUUGCCAUUUUCAUUUUGUUGUACAUGUGUUCGAAGCCAGUCAAUUGGAGAAACAACGAAUGGUUACAAAAGUUAGAUCAAUAUUGGCAGCUAAAAAUAAAAAUUAUACUCUCUACGAUCUUGUUUAUGCAAGAAUUUCUGGAAAUCAUUAUUUUGAGUAAUUAUUGUGUUGAAUCUUAUCUUUUGUGUAUUUAUAUCACAUCCUUAUCGGAGAAGUUAUUGCUACAUUCACUUGAUAUAUUACAUUGGAUGCGCGAAACGCAAGAAUUUUACACUUUGUUACACCGCCUCAAUCAUUAUGUUAGCAUUCCCGUUGGUUUCCUUUUCAUCAAAAGUACAAUCUAUGCGAUUAGUAGUUGCAUACAUAUAUUCGGAAACUUUGGCUUUCUUUAUUCACACCACGUAAUCAUUCCAAAUGUGGCCAACAUUGUACUGGAAUUAAUUUUGUGUUUAUUACCAGUUUUUAUGGCAGCAUCACUAACUCAAAAAUGCAAAAUGGCAAAGUCUAUUGGCCAUCGGAUACAGGGGCGACCGUUUGUUUAUCACAAUGCUCCAAUUGAUGACCUUAACACAGUGUUGAUAUUUGCUUCGUCAUUGGAUAUGUCUGCGGAAUUGUUUCGCAUACCAAUUAAAUACAAUUACCUAUGUUUCACGUUGCUUUCUUGUUUAAUAACGUUUUUAACAAUGGCUGUGUAUCACAAUUUACCAGCGUGAAAGGUCAUUUGCCAACGAAAGUAAAUGUGCGCGAAAGUAGUGUAGAUGUGCACUAAUACGUAAAUAUAAAUUGUAUAGUUUCCUAAUGCUUUCUUAAUAAGACAAAAAAUGGAAGUAAAAUUUUCAUUAACAAUUUAUAAUACUCAUCAGCAACUCCCAUUUAAAAAAUAUUUCUUCCUAUUAAGACAUAAGUGAUUGUAUAACAUUAAAAGUAGCAAAUAUUUCAUUUAGACUACGGCUCCGGAGCCCCGGAUCAGAACACUAACAAAUAUUAUAUUUUAUUUUACUCAGCUCAUAUUCCUCAAAAUAAUAAAUCUGAAACACCUGAUUUUCCAGUACUAACACGCUUUUAAUUGCAUUGAAAGACACUAACGAUUUCAUUUUUCAACUAAGGACUCUCGCCAUUAAAACGGGUUUACACAGCAUGAAAAUAAAGCUGAACGUAAGAUCUCAUAUCCUAUGAGAAGCAAAAAUUGCUGGCGCUUUGCCCAAGCGCUACUGCGGACUUUCUCUACAUAGCCCCGUCUAAUCUUUCGCAUGAACUGCAAGAAGCAACAUUCGGCUUUAAAAUAAGAUACAAAACUAAACUCGCUCUAGAUGUCAAGAACAAAAUCUUGUUUCAUCUUUUAAGGAAGCGUUUUGCUUCCUUACUGAUAACAAGUCCGUCCGCACGAAUGUCAGUCCCUUACAUGUCUUUUUUCUUACUGAUUAUUAUAAGAUCACGCUUCUCCCGCACAAAC